UCAAGACAGGAAGGCCGCACGGCAUAUCAAAGCUAUCGUUUCCAUCGUUCGCAUGGUUACAAUAAAGUAAAUUAAUACGCUGUUCAGUGUGUUUGUUGUUGUCAUCGGGUCCUGGAGCUCAGCCUCAUUUCACGUCGGGACUCUGUGGGAUUCGGACGUCUGAUACAUUCUCUCUUCGCUAUCCGGAUAUAUCUUGCACUGAGGCUGGACGUUUUUGAAAUGAUAUAGACCUGUUUUGAACGAAGUGAAAAUGAAUAAUACCGUAGAAGUGGAGUACAAUGAAAUUGCCAGCAGGAACGCUUGGCCUCUAGUUUACCAGAAAAUCGGCAGAGAAUGCCAAAGCUACCCGUACACCUGCAUUGAGGCGAAGAAGCCGCAGAACAAGCCGCUGAACCGCUACCGGGAUGUGAACCCGUACGACCACAGCCGGGUCAUCCUGCAGCGGUCCGAGCGGGACUACAUCAACGCCAACCUGGUUAAGAUGGAGCGCGCCAAUCGCAAGUACAUCCUGACGCAAGGCCCGCUGGCGUUCACCGUCAGCCAUUUCUGGCUCAUGGUGUGGGAGCAGAACUCGCGCGCCAUCCUGAUGCUUAACAAAGUGAUCGAGAAGAACGAGCUCAAGUGCCACUGGUACUGGCCGCAGGGCGUCGGCGAGCAGCACAAGAUGACCCUCGUGGACGUCAAGCUGACCGUCGAGCAGAUCAGCGAGGACGACCGCAACUACUACUCGACCAGGGUGUUCAAGAUCGUGGACAUGGAGAGCUCUGAGAGCCGCGAAGUGAUCCAGUUCCACUACACCACCUGGCCGGACUUCGGGGUGCCCUCGUCGCCCGUGGCGUUCCUGGACUUCCUGCAGACCGUGCGCGCCUCCGGGACGCUCGAGCCCGACGUGGGUCCGCCGGUGGUGCACUGCAGCGCCGGCAUCGGCCGCUCGGGCACCUUCUGCCUGGUGGACUCCUGCCUCGUGAUCAUCGAAAACGAGGGUCUCGCCAACGUGAACGUGCAGCAGAUCCUUCUGGAGAUGCGCAAGGACCGCAUGGGGCUCAUCCAGACGCCCGACCAGCUGCGCUUCUCCUACCAGGCCAUCAUCGAAGGCACCAAGCGAAUGGACCCCAACUGGCAGGACGACAAGGAGAGCUUGUACUCGUCGGUGCAAGAGGAGACCGAGGCCGACGAGGAGGCGCCGCCGCCGCCGCCGCCGCGCGCCGAAAGCCUGACGCGAGCGCCGGCGCGCCCUCUGCCGGCCAUUCCCACCAGCACCUCCUUGGGCAACUUGGCCUUCCCCGCGGGCCAGGAGUCGUCGGACGAGGGCCCGCCCACGCCCCCCGCGCGCGGCUCCUCCCCCUCGGCGCCCGCGUCGUCGGCCGACGACGAGGACGACGAGCCUGUAUCCGCGCCGACUGAAAGCACCGACCGCAACGAGCUUCGCCGCCGUCACACGCGCGAGUUAGCGGACCGCGUGUCGGCGAUGAAGCGGCGCGCGCGUGAAGCGGACAAGUGGCACGCGCUCAAGAGGUUUAAAUCAGUCGAAACACCUCAGAGUGAACACCGCGAGGGGACAGGCGCAUAGUAAAUUUGAACGGUACUAACGGUAAUGUCACAGUUGUCAAUGCAUCCAGUGAGCUAACGCCAUUUGUGUUCGUGGGACAAGUGUCAUCUGUGUAAUGUUAUAUAAUAAAUCAUUAAGGGUUGUCGCUUUGUCUAAUGCAUUAAAGUACAAAUAUUUUUUUUAUAUUAUUUAAGAAUUAUUGUAACUCAAAUCAAUUCUAUUUAUUAUUAUACUUACCUACUUAUUUUUACUUAAAAUUACACGAUUGACACAAUUAAAUAUUUAUGAAAAUGCUUAAAUAAAGCUCGUUUUUAUACAACUACUCUACAAGAAUAACAUAUUAAUUUUAAUUAUUUUGUAAAAAGACGUGCUAAAUCAUACUUAGGAAUCAUAUUUUACACAUCUGUCACUAACAAGUUGCCUUUUUGCUUUUCAUGAUUUGCAUGUUUCAUUAAAUUGUGUAAAAAUUAUCAUUGUAAUACCUAUAAAAUCUAUUUUCAUUCCAAAAUAUUUACUCACUGUAGUUAGUGUUCCUUCUCAUGUUGUUAAAUUCGAUUUAUUUACAAAAGAAACUUUGAAAGCUAAAAUUACUAACUUUUAAACACUGUCAACGCCUUGUAAAUAAUUCUAUAAUUAUUGAGUUGAGUAAGAAUCUAUGAAUCUCAUACAUAAGUAUUUAAACAAUAUGCAGUCAAUGAAGCAAUAGUUUGUUCAGCAGCGCACGCAGAGACAGCCCUUAAUGCCCCUCACCCCACCCCUCGCCCCUGUCGUUCGCGUCCGUUAGCUAACUGCGUAGGCAUGAGACUGUGGUGAUGUUAUGUCAAUAAUUAGAACAUAUCUUCGGCAGAGGUCAGCUUUCUGGUUCUCUGAGUUUACCAUAAGUAGGUUUUAUUCGACUGUAUCGUAGCGGUGUAGCCCGAUUAUUUGGUAUUUUACCUGGGAAGUUUCGCGAAAGUUUUGAAAACAUUUUUUCAUGUGCUUCAUAAGACUCUUCGCCACACUUUGGUCAUAAGACAAACUUAAUAGGCCAGUAGAAUUAAACACAAAAAUUGAUUAAAUCGGAAAUAAUUCCUACAAAAGAUUUUUUUGCUUUAAUGGCUUCAUUGGUUGCCCAUUAAGACUCUCCUAAGUUUUCGACUUCGACGGAGUUGUGCUUAAGUGGUGGGGGCCCCCGAAAGGGGCGUUUUUUCGGUUUUCCGGUUAUACCGCGUAAA